AUGGCGUUGAAACGCAUCAAUAAGGAACUUCAAGACUUAGGCAGAGACCCACCAGCACAAUGCUCCGCUGGACCUGUAGGAGAUGAUUUAUUUCAUUGGCAAGCAACAAUUAUGGGACCACCGGAUAGUCCAUACCAAGGUGGCGUGUUUUUCUUAACUAUCCAUUUUCCUACGGAUUAUCCAUUCAAACCUCCAAAGGUUGCAUUCACUACUAGAAUUUAUCAUCCGAACAUUAACAGUAAUGGUAGCAUUUGUCUUGAUAUUUUACGGUCUCAAUGGUCACCAGCCUUGACCAUAUCAAAAGUUUUGUUGUCAAUUUGCUCGUUGUUAUGUGAUCCGAAUCCAGAUGAUCCGCUUGUUCCUGAGAUUGCUAGGAUAUAUAAAACAGACAGAGAAAAGUACAACGAAUUAGCCAGGGAAUGGACCCGCAAAUACGCAAUGUGA